UGCCAGGCGCAAAGGGGGCUGGACUAAGGGCAAAAAGAGAAAGAAAGCGGUGAAAGAUACAAAUGCUCCUAAACAGCCUCUUUCUGGCUACUUGCGGUUUUUGACUGAACGGAGAGAGCAGUUCCGACAGGAAAAGCCCAGCCUGUCGUUUGCUGAAAUGUCCAAGCAACUGGGGAACGAGUGGUCCAACUUGGGGACGCAUGAGAAGCAGCGAUAUCUGGACGAAGCUGAAAGGGAGAAGGAGAAGUACAUGAAAGAUCUAGAGGCCUACCAGAAAACAGACUCUUACAAAAUAUUUCGACAGCAGUUUGAGAAAAAGUCUAAAGAAGAUGUUGACAACUCAGACCUGCAGGUGGGAGGCGGGGAGGAGGACGAAUCUGGGACAUUUGAUAUACCUAUCUUCACUGAGGAGUUUUUAGAUCACAACAAAGCCAGGGAUGCAGAGCUCCGUCAGUUACGUAAACAGACAACGGAGCUGGAGGAACAAAAUGCCAUUCUCAGUAAACAUACGGAUAACAUGAGGCAAGCAGUGGAGAGAUUGGAACUUGAUGCAGCACAACAAAGAGAGGCCAACCAAGCUCUCUCUGCUCACCUGGAAGCCCUGCGAACAUGUCUGACGGCCUCCUUUAGCUCGGUACCUCUGCCAGGCACUGGAGAGCUGCCGACCCUGGAGUCUAUUGACAUGUACAUGGCCAAGCUGCACAGUUUGAUACUAGACUCUCCUCAGGACAAUGAACAUCUGAUUGCUACUGUCCGAGAGAUUGUUGGCAGAAUCAAUGUUGAAUUGUAA